AUGGCUCAAUCCGUGACGGCCCAAAGCUACUCCUCCCACGAUCCCGCGAUCGACAUGGCGGCCCCACCACCUCUCGCCGCCAUGAACCCUCAACAGCCACCCCGUGUGACUGGAACCACCGUACCGGCCUCCGCCGCCGUCGUACCGUCUCAAGGCCCCAUGGCCGGACCUAGCCACCUUCAUAGCACCACCGUUGAGCAUGGUGGAACCUCACAUCCAGUUGGGCUCACUACCACCGUCGACUUUGGCCCAAUCUUGGAGCAACUUCAACCAUUCCCUCCAUUGCCUCCACGCUCAACGCAUGCUCCCACGCACACAUCCAACGAAAACCUAGCCCGCGAUUCCGACCCCGAAAGUCAUCUGAAGCAUUUCAAGAGCCUUAUGAUCCUCUACAAAGCCGAAGACGCGCUAAUGUGCAAGGGGUUUGUAAUGACUUUGCGAGGAGCAGCUCAAGAUUGGUUCCAUACCCUGCCAUCCGGGUCGAUCAACAGCUUCAAGGAGCUUACUUACGUCUUCACUAAAGAAUACACUUCUUAUCGGACGAUCAAGAAGAACCCUGACCAUCUGUUCAACCUGCGCAAGAAGCCUGAGGAAUCCCUUCGAGAUUACAUCAAGAGGUUCAAAGCAGAAAAGGCCAACAUCGUAGGGUGCGAUGACCAAAUCGCAUCCUCUGCAUUCAAGAAAGGUCUUCCAGCAGAACAUGACUUAUACCGCGAGCUGACUAUCACUCCCAGCCAGACUCUAGCAGAGGUCUUCGCGACCGCAGAACGCUACGCACUCUGGGAUGACGAUCGAAUCGCCGCGAAGAAGUCCACUGAGCAGGAAGAUCGACCGGCUAAACGGGCAGAACAAAGAGGCGACAGGCUUGGCAGCAGGGACAAAGACAAAGGCAGGUCACGCCCACAAAGAGAGGCCACGACGAAAGAGAACUACACCAAGUUCUCUAUCCCCAUACAUCAAAUUCUAGCCCAAGUGAAGAACAAACCUUGGGUAAAAAGACCGCCACCCUUGAAAGGAGAUCCGGAAAAGAGGGAUACCAGAAAAUAUUGUGCCUUCCAUGCGACACAUGGGCACAAUACGAAUAAUUGCUUUGCUUGGAAAGCGCAUCUCGAAGAACUCGUAAGAGAAGGACAUUGCACGGAGUUCAUCGCGAAGCAGGCCAUCCAGCAGAUAGAAGAUCGCGAUACCGCGAAGGAGCCACCCCAAAAGGUCAUAAGGAUUAACACAAUCCUAGCCGACUCUGAGAAGUCCGGACUGACCAACAAAGAAAAGAAGAGGAAGAUCAAACAGGCUACUAUGAUCUCCCAAGUCUCAACUAGUUUCUCACUAGCAGAAGACGAUCCCGUGAUCGGCUUUCAAAAGAAAGACUUAAUCGGCCUUGAUCUACCGCACAACGACGCCCUUGUCAUCAGCAUUCAAAUCGCUCAGGCCAUGGUCGACCGAGUCCAUAUAGAUGAGGGCAGUGCAGCCAACAUCCUACAAUUGGCAGUCGUCCAACAGAUGGGCUUAGAGGCAAAGAUCAAUAAAUCAGCCAAGUCGCUGACUGGUUUCAAUGGCGCAACGACGGUUACCGUUGGCACGAUAGAUCUCGACGUCUACUCUCCACCUGUAAUCAGCUCGCAAACGUUCAUGGUCAUUGAUGAAAUCUCACCCUACAAUGGCAUUCUAGGCAGACCAUGGAUCGGCAAGAUCAACGCCAUCACCUCUGCCACACAUCAGAAGAUUCGCUACCCAAUCCCUGGGGGCGGUAUCGGCCAGAUCAACAGUGAUCAGGCAAUGGCAAGAAAAUGCUCAGCUCAAGGGCUGAAGAAAAGCAAGCAAACACAGUUCCUCCCUGUGAAUCAGGCAGAUCUAAAGGGAGUAGAACAAGCAGAGGAGAAAGCAGAUCUCAUUCCUGACGGCCAAGCAGACCAGAAAGGAAAGGGAAUAGCUACUCCCCAAUAG